AUGGAGAGAAUACUUCGGCGUUACUUUCCUCUUGCAGUUCUGUUCCGGCAUUUUCCGAUGGCUUGCUUAGCCAUCAUAGAAACCAAUAUUGUCACUGAUCAAUCUGCUAUUGUUGCUUUGAAAGAGCACAUAUUAUCAGACCCUUACCUAGUCCUGGAAGACUACUUGACUGCUAAUACUUCUGUUUGUGAUUGGAUUGGAGUCACUUGUGGCAUCCAACAUCAUAGAGUAACUGCUUUAAACAUAUCAUUCACGGGUUUGACAGGCAGCAUUCCUCCCCAUCUGGGGAACUUGUAUUUUCUUGUUUCUUUGGACCUGAGCGGUAACAAUUUCCUGGAGAAUUUGUCCCGCUUGCGACGCCUGAGUUCACUGGAGAUAUUCCGUCAUGGUUUGGUUCCUUUCCUGAACUUCAAUUUUUGUCGAUUAGAAGUAGCAGCUUCACUGGAUUUAUUCCUCAUUCUCUUGCGAACAUCUUGA